AUGUCCAAGAAAACUCUGGCACACAUCCGAAUUGCUUUUCUCGAAUGCGGUAUUCUUGCUCCAGAGGCGCGGGCUAAACAUGGUCGUUAUGGCGAUCUAGCCCAAGAAUUUCUUAGCACGGCAGCUACCGACUCUCCUGACGCCCUUGCCACCUUCUCGCUGUUCCCAUUUGAUGUGCAAGACGCCAGAGAGUAUCCCAAUAUUGAGGAGAUCGAUGCCGUUAUAAUUUCGGGCUCAAAACAUAACAGCUUCGACAAUGAUCCUUGGAUUCUCGAGCUAGUGGAAUUUGUACGGAAGAUACUCGCACAACGACGUGUUCGCAUAGUUGGUUACUGCUUUGGACAUCAGAUUAUCGGUCGCGCACUUGGAGGCGAUGCUAUAGUUGGUAGGGGAGAUAAUGGAUGGGAGGUCAGCGUCACUCCCCUGCAGCUGACCAGUGGUGGACAAGAAAUCUUUGGGCGUUCGCAAUUGAAAAUUUACGAAAUGCACAGAGAUGUUGUUUACAGUUGUCCCGAAGGUACAGAGCUUUUAGCCUCAAGUAGUCGAUAUGAGAUCCAGAGCUUAUAUAUUCCUGAAAGGUUAAUGACCUUCCAGGGUCACCCAGAGUAUACUGCAGAAAUCAUAUCUGAGGUUCUGCACAUACGGCAUAAUAAGGGCAUCUUCGAUGAUGAGAUGCUCUCAGAUGCUUUGCAAAGAUUAAAAGAACCGCACGACGGAUAUGAAGCUGGCAGGGUAACUCUAAAGUUUCUGGCAGGGAAAUUCUGA